UUCUUAUUCACACAUCGUCCAAACUACACGACACACGCAAUUGGAAUCUAACACAAGACGAUAUGGCAAAGGGACGUGUUUGUUUGGCUUAUUCUGGUGGCCUCGACACCUCUACGAUCCUGCGAUGGCUCAUCGAGCAAGACUACGAAGUCGUGUGCUUCCUCGCCAACGUUGGCCAAGAGGAGCCUUGGGACGAGGUCGAAAAGAAAGCCCUCAAAAUCGGGGCCCUCAAAAUGGUGAUCCUGGACCUGCGUCGCGAAUUUGUAGAGGAGCUUUGCUUCCGCGCUGUGCAGUGCAAUGCGAGUUACGAAGGACGGUAUCUGCUAGGCACGAGUCUUGCGAGGCCAGUUAUUGCAAGGGCGCAGAUAAAGGUGGCGCAGGAGGAGGGGUGCGGUUGGGUGAGUCAUGGGUGCACAGGGAAGGGCAAUGAUCAGGUCAGGUUUGAAUUGGCAUUUUAUACGCUUCAGCCUAGUAUUAAGGUAAUUGCGCCUUGGAGGCUGCCUGAGUUCUGUGAUAGGUUCAAGGGACGUCAGGAUUUGCUGGAUUAUGCAGCGCAGCAUGGGAUUCCCGUUACAUCUACGAAGGCUAAGCCGUGGAGUAUGGAUGCCAAUUUGGCUCACUGCAGCUAUGAAGCAGGCAUCCUCGAAGACCCUGACGUGUCUCCCCCCGACGACAUGUGGACCAUGACUGACAGUCCUCUCAAUGCGCCCAACGAGGCUACCAAUAUCACCAUCCACUUCGAAAAAGGCAUCCCGGUCAAAGUUGUAACACCCGAGAAGACGUACACCGACUCCGUAGAGCUCUUCACCGCGCUCAACAAACUCGGCUACAUCCACGGUAUUGGCCGCAUCGACAUCGUUGAAAACCGGUUUAUCGGUCUCAAGUCCCGCGGAUGCUAUGAUUCCCCCGCCAUGACCAUUCUGCGCCUUGCCCAUCUCGAUCUCGAGGGUCUUGUCAUGGAUGCCCAAGUCCGCAGCCUGCGCGAUCAGUUCGUGAGCCACCAUUGGAGCUACCAGCUCUACAACGGCAUGUACUUCUCUCCAGAACGUGAGUUCAUCGAGAACAGCCUGCUCUUCUCGCAGCGACGCGUCAACGGCGAGGUGCGUCUCACGUUAUAUAAGGGCAAUGCGUACGUGCUUGGUAGGUCGAGCCAGACGGAGAAAUUGUAUUCGGAGGAGGAGGCGUCGAUGGAUACGUUGGAUAACUUUAGUCCGAUGGAUACAACGGGUUUUAUUGCUAUUCAAAGCAUCAGGCUGAAGAAGUAUGGGCUACAGAAGGCCGAGGAAGGAGAGAAAAUUUAAAGCUUGGUGAUUUAUCAGACUAGGCUUGGAGUCUUUUUCUCGAAGUCUUUGGGGUUAUGUGGAACGGGAUGGGAGUAAUGGUGUUAACACAAAAUAAUUACAGAGAUUGAAUGCAAACCAUGACUUUUC